AUGAAAUCUGCUAAUUUUUUCGAAAAAAAUAAUAAAAUUGAUAAAGCCAUACAAUUAUUAGCUAAAAGUAAAAAAUUCGUAGAAGUAUUAAAUUUGAUUCAGAAAUAUAACGUUCCACUAACUGAAGAUCUAGCCGAAGAGAUAACAAUCGACAAAGCGAAUAAUGAUACAGAGAGUGAACGUAUACGAAUUUUAACUUUGGAAAAAGUCGGGGAAAUAGCAUUUGAGCAAGGAAAUUAUCAUUUAGCAACUAAAAAAUUUACUCAAGCUGGAAAUAAACUCAAAGCAAUGAAAGCUCUUUUAAAGUCUGGAGAUACUGAAAAAAUUUGUUUUUUUGCACAAGUUUCAAGACAGCGAGACAUCUAUAUUAUGGCUGGAAAUUAUUUACAAUCAUUAGACUGGCAGAACCAGCCAAAUAUUCUUAAAAGUAUUAUUAAUUUUUAUUCAAAAGCUAAAACAAUGGAUUUGCUGUCUAAUUUUUACAUUGCAUGUGCUCAAGUUGAGAUUGAUGAAUUUCAAAACUAUGAAAAAGCAAUAGAUGCAUUCAAUCAAGCAAUUAAAUGUAUGUCGCAAGUAAUUUCACCAAAA